AUUUUAGCAGCUGCAGUUCCUGACUUCCUGUUUGUCCUCUGUCAGACCUAUCAGAGGCCAUCCUGCACUCGAUGCAGCGGAGCCGCCGCCUCGUCCUCGUGCUCAGCCCCGACUUCCUGGCAGAGAAGAGCUUCAGCCUCCUGGAGUGUCGUCUGGGUCUGUACCUCCAACAUGGCCACCAGGCCUCCAUCGUUGCUGUAGUUUACCGCUCCAUCAGUAAACUGCCCUGCGUGGAGGUGGCUCAGCUCCGGCAGGCCGCCACCACCACCGUGACUUGGCGAGGGAGUCGAUCUGAACCGCGACGGUCACGCUUCUGGCUGAGGCUGAGGUUGGCGCUGCCCGUCCGCCCACUCGCUCUGGGCAGGAGGUUGAUUGACAGCACGUCGUCUCAUUCGGACCUCGCCGUCCUGGCGCUGCAGAGAGCGCAGCGGAUCCAGAGUCAGAAAGACAGAGCCAAUCAGAGUCGCAGAAACAGGCGGGCCCCACCCAGAGGGAGGGGCAGAGUGAGGAGGGCGGACACAUGCAGGGAGGGGUGGUCACAGCACAGCACCAGCUGCUCAGGGUGUGGCUGUCAGGUGAGGGACAGGGGGGCGGGGCUAACAGUAGAAACAGAGAUGCAGCAGGUGUCACAUGACAGGACUGAGAUCCGGUCGGAUCCCAUCCCUGAAACAGAGCCCGCCCCAACGCCAGACUCUACCCAUGACCCUCAGUCAACUUCUAACCCCUCCCCUUCACCUGACCUGGCCUCAGACCCCGCCCCUGACUCCGCCCUCCCCACCUGCCAGCAGGAGGAUGGAGGCAGCAGAUGAUUGGCUCGGGGACUUCUGAGUGAUGUCAGCAGGAAAAGGGGAGGGGCUUGUGGAUAAAACCGCUCCAAAGAGCCAGGAUGUAGCAGAGGCUCCGCCCUGAAAUCCUUUUUAUACAGACACUGAGUGAUGCUGCAUUCAAGUCACACAG